UUUGGUUUGACACCUCUAUGCGGAGUAGAAAAUAAAAAAUAAAAACAUUUUUUGAAUAAAACGCAUGUAAAAGUCAAACAAUUUCCAGUAGCACCACACGUGAAACGAGCAAAGUGUAAACUAAGGAAAAAUGACUGGCCGCGGAAAGGGAGCCAAGGGAAAAGUGGUGCGCGAAAAUGUCCAGGAUGAUAUGGACGAUUUUCUCGUCUACGCUGCCGAGAAAAUUAUCCAAAAACGCACUAAAAAGGGCAAUGUUGAGUACCGUGUGAAAUGGAAGGGCUGGAACCAACGUUACAAUACCUGGGAGCCGGAGGUGAACAUUCUAGACCGUCGCCUCAUCGACAUAUACGAGCAGAGCAACAAAUCGUCUGGAACGCCAUCGAAGCGCGGCCUCAAGAAGAAGGAAAAGGAGCCCGAUCCGGAGCCAGAGUCCGAGGAGGAUGAGUACACAUUCACCGGUGAUGAUGGGGACACACCCCAGGCCACCACCUCGAGUGCUAUCCACGAUUCUGACAAGAAGGACAAGGAGAAGAAGCACCAUCACCACCAUCAUCACCAUCACAUCAAGUCCGAACGUAGCAGUAGUCGACGGUCCGAGUCGCCGUUGACACACCACCACCACCAUCAUCAUGAGUCCAAGCGCCAGCGCAUGGAUCAUAGUUCCUCCUCGAACAGCAGUUCCACACACAACUCGUUCGUGCCCGAGGCAGACACUAAUUCAUCCAGCUCGGAGGAUCAGCCCCUGAUCGGAACCAAGCGCAAGGCAGAGGUGCUCAAGGAAUCUGGAAAAAUAGGCGUAACCAUCAAGACCUCUCCGGAUGGACCUACACCAAAACCUCAGCCUCAAACCCAUUCACACGACCAGCAGGCACAGAAAACGACGUCCGAUUCAUCUGCUCCUCUGAAGUCCGAACUCCAGAGCACACCCCUGGGCACUGAGGUGUCAUCGACGCCAGCCGAAUCGGGCGCAGAGGAGGAGGAAGUGGAGGAAUCUGGCGCGCAGCCGGAUAACAACAAUAUACCAAAACUGGGCAACACUCUGGCCCUAUCACAAAAGCAGCCCUUGACUCCAUUGUCGCCAAGGGCUUUACCUCCGCGCUUCUGGCUACCGGCCAAGUGCAACAUAUCCAACCGGGUGGUUAUCACCGAUGUCACAGUCAACCUGGAGACGGUCACCAUACGCGAGUGCAAAACGGAACGUGGAUUCUUUCGGGAGCGCGAUAUGAAGGGUGACUCUUCGCCUGUGGCUUGAGGUACACCCAAACAUAGGAAGAAGAGGAACAAACAAUUGUAAAUAGGGGAAACCACAAACAAAAAUCCAUACUAGAUGUUGCUAAGCAUUUUAUUUAAAAUAUUAAUUUAUUUAUUGUAUUUAUUUAUAGCGUAGACGUUAGUUUGUUAUUUUAUUACAAUGUUUACAGUGCAGAGUGCAAUUUGAGCAGUGGCCAUACCCCACUCUUGCAACUGCUUGAGUUGCUAUUGCAACAGAUUUUACAUCCUCAUCAUAGAUUGUCAUAUAUAUAUACAUACAUAUAUAUAUAUUUAUUUACCACAUAUUGUAUAUUUUUCUAUAACAAUUUGAAUCUGAUCGAAAUGACACUCAUAUGCAACAGAAACCGAACUCCAUGCGACACCGAAGCAAUUGUUAAUUACGCUUGAUAUAAAUGUAUACAUACAUACAAAAGAGCAUAUAUUCAUAUAUACAUAUAUAUAUAUUCGAGUAUGCCACAGUGUUUGCUCCGUUGGCUAUCCCAAUGUUUUAUUUGUCUUAUGUUGUAUUCUAUAUAUUUCCUGGCGCUGACUGAUUUAUACAAAAGGAACCCCAAAAAGAUAUAUUUACACUUAGUUUAAUGAAUAUUUUUAGAAAUUAGCUAACACCAAUCUCUGUUUAAAUAUUUAUUUUAAUGUUUUUCACUCGUCCAAUGUCCAAGUGCUGCCUUCAUGGGUUCUGUACGGUGCAGGUGCAGUGCACAAGAUAAUUCCAUAAGGGAACCCAUAGAUGCAAUACUUAUCCAUAGGAUUUUAAUUAUUUAACCGGCUUAUCAAUCCCGCACAAAUGUAUCCUUUGCGAGAGCUAUUGGAAAUUGCAAUAUCGUUGCUAGUUUCUCAUAGUUCUUAUCAGCGAAUCCCUCUGCAUGCCCCUUUUGUUUGAUCUAUUUGUUGCGUAGUUUCCCUCGCGACGCUGAUUCCAGAAAAACCAUUCAAACCAUUACACUUGAAGAUUGUAAUUUAGUCUUUAACUUUAAUGUUAUUGUCGGUAUCGAUUGUACAUAAUAAAUUAAAUAGAAGC